UAAAUGACGCGAACGCGGGACGAUGCACGACGAUAGUACGAUGUACAAUGAUACCAGAACCAACGAGAGAAUCAAGUGCGAUCAAGUACGGUUGGACGUGCAGUUGAACGUGAUAUCCACCACCGGACGCUCUCCAGCGCGAACAGGCGCUCAAGCGUGGAACACGACGUACGGAGAAGGUCGAGAACGGAGAAGCGCGGAGACUCUUUCCUUCUUUCACCCAGCUCGGCCUUUCUUCUCCAAAAGUCCGAAACCGUUAAACUGCACUCUGCUGCACUUUCGUUAUUUAAAAUGGAACACCGGAGAGAGAAAUAUUGAUGAAGAAGAUAUCCGCGUAUUUCGUAUUUUUAUAUUGAAAUGAAAAAAAAUGCAGCGCAAAGUGUAAUUGUAACGGUUGAAUGGCCGUUUUAUCGACUGAGACAAUAAAAAAAAAAA